AUGGGCCUGAAGCUGUCAGACCACACUAUCACCAACCACCUCCACACAGGCUGCAGCGUGUGCCCACUCUCCUCAGAGGACAACAGGACGGCUUGUGUGGAGCCUUCCGCUCAGCCGCAGCAGAGCCUUGCACUUGACAGCUCACUUGUGCCUGUGGCCACCCCUGAAGCUAAGGACUACUUCUUGAAGGCUGAGAGUGGAGUACUUGCUUUUCCCAUCCUUGCCCUGGGUUAUUUGCCCCAAACGAUCGGACAUUGCGAUGAAAUGUCAUCUAGUAAGGAAAUUUUUCUCGGCACCCGCUCCCGAUUUGCCUGGUCUGCGUCCGCGCGCGACGGGCCCGGGCGAUGGCGGUCGGGCGGCGGCCGGGCGCGGGGGCGGCGGAUGGCGGCGGAUUGCGCGGCGGCGGCGCGGGGCUCGGCGCUCUGCGCUCCUGCCUCCUCCUCCUCCUCCUCCUCCUCCCGCUCCUCGGCGCUCGCUGGAGCCUCGGCGCUGUGGCUCGCCGCCGCCUCCCGCCCGCGCUCGGCUCCCCGCCCCCCACCGCCGCCGCCUCCGCCUCCGCGCCGCCCCCGCCCGCCGCCCGCACGGUGGCCCGCGCAGCGCCCCCUGCUGCGCCGCCCCAGUCCCGGGAGGGAGGAGGGAGGGGGAGAGAAGGAGGGGGAGCGCAGGGAGCGAGCUGGGCCGCGGUGA